UACAUAUAUGCAUGCAACAACUGCACACAAAUACGCGCGCACACACGCGCACAUCCAUACUCAAGUGCUCUAUCCUACCCAUCCUCAGACUCGAAAGCGUUCACUCAGUCAGCCAUAUAUUGCUGUUGUAAAAGAAAGUAUUUAUCAAGACCAGUGCGAUGAUGAUGAUGCUGGGGAGGGGCACGGCACCCGUGCAUAUUGAUGUUGGGGGUGUCAUCUAUACUUCAUCUCUGGAAAUCCUGACCAGGUUUCCGGAGUCUAAGCUUGCCCGAAUGUUUAAUGGAAGCAUACCUAUUGUUCUGGACAGUCUGAAGCAGCACUAUUUCAUUGACAGAGAUGGGAAAAUGUUCCGACACAUACUGAAUUAUCUAAGGAGUGCCAAACUGAUACUACCUGAUAAUUUCAACGAAAUUGAACAGUUAUGGGAAGAAGCGAAAUAUUACGACCUCACGAGUAUGGUAAAAGAUGUGGAACUUUAUAGAAAAAGUAAACAAAAGAUCGUAGUGAAGAAAGAAGAGAAAGAAUACUGCGACUGCAUUGCAAUCAGCAUAAGCCCCGAUCUAGGGGAGCGAAUCACAUUGAGUGCGGAGAGGGCACUUUUGGAGGAAGUGUUUCCUGAACUUAGCUCUGCUCUAAUGGAUUCAAGGAAUUCAGGUUGGAACAUGGAAAACAGAUAUGUUAUUCGAUUUCCUUUGAACGGAUUUUGCAAAUUAAAUUCCGUACAAGUAUUGCAGAGGCUUCUAAAUCAGGGUUUUAAACUAAUAGCAGCUACUGGCGGUGGGGUCGAAGGACAGCAGUUUAGUGAGUAUUUGUUCUGCAAAGAUUGCAAGGCUGCUGCCUGAGAUCCUAUUGUAUAAAAAUAAUAAGGCAAGGACUAAAAUAUUUCUGAACUGAAAUAAAAACAUAAAAAUAUAAAUAAAAACUGCAGUAGCGACAGCAACAACAACUGCAACAAUUACACACAAAGAGAGAAAAAAAUAUCUUCCAUUCUUUCAUGUUUUUUUUUCUUCCCAAAUUUUGUUUUAUAUUUUUAAAAUUUUCCCUGUUCUACCAUAAGGAAAAAAAACUGUUACGAACCAUAUUUGGGGGGAGAUAAUAAUAUUUGAAAACAGACGUUGCAUUCUACGUCCAUUUUGUGUAUUUGUUUUGGUUCGUUUUCAACCUUAUUCAACAUCACCCUCGUCUCUUUUAUCAUUUAAUAAUUUUGAAGAUAUUUCAAAACCUCCAGGCAUUUUCCCCGUGUUAAUUAACCAACAGACAUAUUUUGAGCAUUUUAUUUUUGUUCCGUUUUCAAAAUUUUUCCUUUGUUUCAUUCCAUUAUAUUUUCAUUUCCUUUUUCAUUUCCUCCGCUCUUUCUUUCUUCGAUCUUUUUUUUUUUUUUUUUUUUUUUGAGGACAUCUUUGUUCCAUUCAAAAGUGAUAUCCUAUGUAAAUGUCAGAGAUUUCAGUGGAGAGACAAGGAAGAAGAACAGAGAAAAAGAUAAUCAAUGAUGACAAUGAUAUUAAUAAAAAAGAAGAUAACCAAAUACAUUUUAAACGAAUUAUCUUUUAAGUUUUCAACCUUCGUCUCAAAUAAACCCAAAAAGAAAAAAAUAUCUAAAAUGGAAAUUAACAAAUAAUGAAAUUUAAAUAUGGUUGAAAAUUGAAGUUUAAAGAAAUAAAAUGCAAAAAUCAAAAUUUCAAAAACAAAAAAAAAAAAACAACCAGCGGAAGUUUGUACAUCAAAUGAAAGUAUUUCCUGGCGUCAAGCCUCUUUCCGAUGAUUUUGCUGAUAAAUUACAUGUACUUUAUCCGAAAAAAUAAAAAUAAAUGAAAUAUAUCCAACAAAAGAAUAUAUUAAAAAAAACUAUAAAACACUCAAACCACAAAUUAAAUACAUCCAUUUUACAAAAAAAAAAAUUAAAGUAAAAAAUAACAAAAAAGAAACAACAAAUCUUUAGGAAACAUUGUGAUCGUGUUUACUCCGGUUGAUGUCAGGCAUGCUACACCGUGAUCGAGAGUUGUCCCAAGUUAUUUGUAUUUUUUUCAACAGAUGUCGCUUUGCUUUCAAUCAUUUUUUAGCUAACACAAAUGCCAUUGCACAUACUGUUCAUUAUAACAUAAAUAUAUCUAUAUUACAUUCAUA